GCCUCCCUCAAGGCAGAGGCGGCGGGCGCGCGCGGUGGCGGCGGCGGCGGCGGGCGCGAGUCGCGGGCUGUUGUGCUGCCGGCUCUCGCCUUUCCCUUCCUUGGCGGGUGGAGGAGGCCGAAGCGGUGCUGGGCGCGCUCCCCUUCCUCUCCCUCAGGCCACCUCCCCCGCAAGCCGUCUCGUGCUGCGCGGUCUCUCCGACACAAGACUGUCCCGGCCCGGAUAUGGCUCGUGGACAGCAGAAGAUUCAGUCUCAGCAGAAAAAUGCCAAAAAGCAAGCUGGACAAAAGAAGAAACAAGGACAUGACCAGAAGGCUGCUGCCAAAGCUGCCUUAAUAUAUACCUGCACUGUCUGUAGGACACAAAUGCCAGACCCUAAGACCUUCAAGCAGCACUUUGAGAGCAAGCAUCCUAAGACUCCACUUCCUCCAGAAUUAGCUGAUGUUCAGGCAUAAAGUUGUUUACAGAUGAAUACGUGACGACUUUGAUUCUUCUACUGUCUCAGACCUUAGGUAACAAACCUGCAGCUGCUUUUCUAACAAACUGUUGAUCAGCAAAAAUAAAGGGGCUACAGAAACACUCAUUUUUAUGCUGUUCCCUUUUGGGCUUCAUGCAAAGACAAUUCUGUGUAAAUGUACAGUUGACUCUGAUUUGGAAAUCUGAAAAUCAGUCCAUCCUUGUUAUAAAAAAUUUUUUUACAAUUGUAAUUAUAUUGAUGUUCAUAUUGUGUAAAAUAACUCAUUUAAUAAAGUAGUACUUUGAUUUUACAACA